AUGCAGCCUUCGGUGACCCCAGAUGCUAUCUCCGCCGUCUUGUCCAACCCAUCAUUCGAUUCGUCCUCCUCCGAUCGACCCGAGAUCGUCGUUCAAGUUGUGGAUCUUAGGCCUAUCGGAAAUCGAUAUAAAUUUGAUGCAAACGACGGAAAGAUGAAAGUCCAAGCGAUCUUUACACCGUCACUGACACCUGAAAUCAUUUCUGGGAAUAUCCAGAAUCUGGGUUUAAUUCGUCUCCAGGAUUUCACUGUUAACGACAUUUCAACCAAAUCAACAAAAUAUUUCCUUGUGACUAAAUGUGAGGCUGUUGCUUCUGCGCUUGAUUCCGAGAUUAACUUGGGGAGUCAGAGGGAGGAGGAAGCUAGUGAGCCGAAGAAGCAGAAACUAGAUCACUCUCCUGUGAACGAUGCAAAAACGAAUGUUUCAACUGGUAUCACUUUGAAACCAAAGCAGGAGUUUGUUUCCAAGUCAGCUUCUCAGAUAAUCAAUGAACAAAGGGGAAAUGCUGCGCCAGCUGCAAGAAUGGCCAUGACCAGAAGGGUCCAUCCACUCGUCUCCUUGAACCCCUACCAAGGAAACUGGACCAUCAAAGUCCGAGUCACUAACAAAGGACUCAUGAGAAACUACAGAAACGCUAAAGGCGAAGGAUGUGUCUUCAAUGUGGAACUAACAGAUGAAGAAGGGACACAAAUUCAAGCCACCAUGUUCAAUGAUGCUGCACGGAAGUUUUUCGAUAUAUUCCAUUUGGGAAAGGUGUAUUAUAUAUCAAGAGGGUCACUUAAACUUGCUAACAAGCAGUUCAAGACGGUUCAGAACGAUUAUGAGAUGACUCUGAAUGAGAACUCAGAGGUGGAGGAAGCUGGUAGCGAGGAAAUGUUCAUCCCUGAGACGAAAUUCAACUUUGUACCCAUUGAAGAGUUGGGAAUGUAUGUGAAUCAGAAGGAGCUUAUUGAUCUUAUCGGAGUUGUUCAAAGCGUUUCUCCUACCAUGAGUAUCAGAAGGAGAACAGACAAUGAGAUGAUCCCCAAGAGGGAUAUAACUUUGGCUGAUGAGUCUAACAAGACUGUUGUGGUGUCCCUGUGGAACGACUUGGCUACCGGAAUUGGUCAAGAACUGCUAGACAUGGCUGAUAUGUCGCCUGUGAUUGCAAUCAAGUCUCUCAAAGUUGGAGACUUUCAAGGUGUUUCUUUGUCCACCAUCAGCAGAAGCAAUGUGAUGAUAAAUCCUGAAUCACCUGAAGCUAAAAAGUUGAAAUCUUGGUAUGAUUCUGAAGGCAAGGUUACAUCCAUGUCUUCCAUUGGCUCAAUGAUGAGCCCGUUAGCCAAAAAUGGAUCUCGGUCUAUGUAUACCGACCGAGUCUUUCUCUCUCACAUCACAAGCAACCCGUCUCUAGGCGAGGACAAGCCUGUGUUUUUUAGCACUAGGGGUUACAUAAGCUUCAUCAAACCAGACCAGACAAUGUGGUACCAAGCUUGCAAGACUUGCAACAAGAAAGUGACUGAAGCUAUGGACUCUGGUUACUGGUGUGAAGGUUGCCAGAAGAAAGAUGAAGAAUGCAGCUUAAGGUACAUAAUGGUGGUGAAAGUCUCUGACUCAACAGGAGAAACUUGGUUGUCCUCAUUCAACGAUGAAGCUGAGAAGAUCAUUGGAUGCUCAGCUGAUGAGCUCAACAAACUAAGAUCAGAGGGAGGGGAAGUGAACGAGUUUCAGACAAAGCUGAAAGAAGCAACCUGGUCGUCUCAUGUCUUCAGGGUUAGUGUCACACAGAAUGAGUAUAACGGUGAGAAGAGGCAGAGGGUAACUGUGAAAGGAGUAGCUCCUCUUGAUUUUGCUGCUGAAACAAGAUUGUUGCUCGAAGAUAUCUCCAAGAAGAACAAAGCAUCUCACUAA